ACAACUAUACUUUACCACCUAAGCCCCACUAGCCCCUUCUUCUCUAGCCUGAUGUGACCCUGCUGCCUUUAGUGUUAGGGCGCUGUGGGUGACACUAAUAAUUAUGCACAUCCGCAUGCCUAGGCCCAGAGCAGGCUCACUAUCAUGAUUAUUACUCAUUCUAGGCUUCUGCUUUGCAUGACAGCAACAAUGCCAAACAAAGCAAGUAAUAUAUUUUGUUUAAAAAAAAUAAUGAUAAGGCCACUUUACUCUCUUUAAUUUCUAAUAGCUGGGAUCCUUUAAAGUGUCAAGAGCUCUCUGUUCUUCUGGUAACAGUAUUAUUGUUUGGUUGGUUGGGAUAUCCUGUCAAACAACAGAGGCAGUAGGAGCUCAAGUUAGAUAGCAAGAUAUACACCGCUAGAGAACAUAUAUAUACAAUGAGUAUGUAUGUUCUCUUGAGCUGUGGUGAAAAACAAGAAUAACAAUCCUGCUUCUGGAUAUUUAGGCUACAUUGAGAAUUUCUUGCCUCAAUUCACCUAAAAUUCUUCCUUUGGCAGCUCAAGGUGUAUGUUUUGCUUGAUUGAGUCUACAUAUUGCUGCAACAACAGAUCUUGAGCUCUUUUACGGUUUCCUGAUGAAGAUGGUUACACAAAAACAGGCAGAAGAAGCCAUUGUGGCUAAUUACGGAGAGAUGGAGGUGGAAGGGAAGGAUUUACAGAAUAAGAGUACUGAUGAGGCGUCCAUUAAAGGGACCAUUAAGAGCUUCUUCUGGCAUGGGGGUUCUGUUUAUGAUGCCUGGUUUAGCUGUGCAUCAAACCAGGUGGCCCAAGUGCUCUUAACUCUGCCAUACUCCUUCUCACAGCUUGGAAUGGUGUCUGGGGUCCUGUUCCAGAUAUUCUAUGGCCUCAUGGGUAGCUGGACAGCUUAUCUGAUUAGUGUUCUUUAUGUUGAGUACCGGAGCAGGAAGGAGAAGGAGAAUGUUAACUUCAAGAACCAUGUUAUUCAGUGGUUUGAGGUUCUAGAUGGACUAUUGGGAGCCUAUUGGAAAGCCAUUGGCCUUGCCUUUAACUGUACAUUUCUUCUUUUCGGAUCUGUCAUACAGCUCAUAGCUUGUGCCAGUAACAUAUAUUAUAUAAAUGAUAAUCUGGACAAGAGAACCUGGACAUACAUCUUUGGAGCUUGUUGUGCAACCACAGUCUUUAUUCCAUCUUUCCAUAAUUAUCGAAUUUGGUCAUUUAUUGGACUUGGAAUGACAACAUACACAGCAUGGUACAUGACAAUUGUAUCACUUGUUCAUGGACAGGUUGAAGGUGUGAAACACUCUGCACCAAACAGACUUGUGCUUUACUUUACUGGAGCCACAAACAUUCUUUACACUUUUGGAGGUCAUGCUGUUACAGUGGAAAUAAUGCAUGCCAUGUGGAAACCUCAGAAAUUCAAAUCAAUUUACUUGUUGGCAAGUCUCUAUGUAUUGACAUUGACUCUGCCAUCUGCAAUAUCUGUCUACUGGGCAUUUGGAGAUGAGCUUUUGAAUCAUUCUAAUGCUUUCUCUUUGCUACCCCAGUCAGCAUUCCGUGAUAUUGCAGUCGUCCUCAUGCUUAUCCAUCAGUUCAUUACUUUUGGGUUUGCAUGCACUCCUUUAUAUUUUGUUUGGGAGAAAGUAAUUGGAAUGCAUGAUACAAAGAGCAUAUUUCUCCGGGCGUUGGCCAGGCUGCCUGUUGUGAUCCCAAUCUGGUUCCUUGCAAUUAUUUUUCCUUUCUUCGGGCCUAUCAAUUCUGCAGUUGGUGCUCUUUUGGUCAGUUUCACUGUCUACAUUAUACCAUCUAUGGCACACAUGUUCACCUACAGGACAGCUCUUGCCAGACAGAACUCUGUGGAAAAGCCUCCAUUUUUCCUGCCAAGCUGGACAGCUAUGUACAUCUUGAACAUAUUCAUUGUAGGUUGGGUAUUAAUAGUUGGCUUUGGCUUUGGUGGCUGGGCAAGCAUGACUAAUUUUGUCCAACAAGUGAACACAUUUGGUCUGUUUGCAAAGUGCUACCAGUGCCCCCCAAGGGUGGCAUCGUCAGCUACUGCUGCACCCCAUCCUCCUCUCUCUCAUCACAGGAGUUGAUUUUGAGGUUGGUUUGUUAGAUCGUCAAUUAUAUGAUGAUACAUGUGUGGAAAUAUACUUAUUUUUCAGGUCAUGUUAGCAUUGUCUUACAAGGACAAGAAACUGUUUCAGUAGGUAGAUUGGUGACAAUGGCAAUUAUGGAAAUGUUGAUGGGUGACCACUGUUCCGCACUCACUAACAGCAUACAGUUAGUUGAAAGUGCCCAUUGUAAACGGGGAUUUGUUUGUAAUUUAUACUCACUAAUUUGUUAUGGGGAACAUAAGUUUGCUUCUGCUCUUCCAUCUUACCAGGGGAAUGUGCGGUGUAACAGUCGAUACUUAGUCUCAAUUUUAUUUAAGGCUGGCGGCUCAACUAGGCAAGCAGUUGUGUUGUGCUGUUACUGGUGGUUGGGUCACAGCCUAUUUUGUUUAAACAUGUCUAUUAGUUGUGGUAUGGGGAUGCAAGGGUCAUCUAAGAGUCCUUGGCUUGUGAGUAAAAUCUCGAAAGAUGAUGACUCUCUACAGUUGUCAGAUCAUUGUAUGUGUCUUUUUUCUUCUUAUAUGGAAGUUUAUGUAAAAUUUCUCGCA